AUAUUUUUCUUUCCGGAAUGUUUCUAUUGCGCACGCGCAAGACUUAAUCCUGGUAACCUCCAACAUGGCGGCGAGGGGCCAUGUGCAAGACCCUAACGACCGGAGACUUAGACCAAUAUACGAUUAUCUUGACAAUGGCAAUAACAAGAUGGCCAUUCAGCAGGCUGACAAACUGCUUAAGAAGCACAAGGACUUGCACUGUGCCAAGGUCCUGAAGGCGAUUGGCCUACAGCGAACAGGCCGACAGGAGGAGGCGUUCUCAUUGGCUCAAGAGGUCGCCGUCCUGGAGCCCACCGACGACAACUCACUACAGGCCCUCACCAUACUCUACAGAGAGAUGCACCGACCUGAGCUUGUCACUAAGCUGUAUGAAGCCGCGGUGCGUAAAGUUCCCAGCAGUGAGGAGUACCACUCCCAUCUCUUCAUGGCGUACGCUCGCGUGGGGGAGUACAAGAAGAUGCAGCAGGCAGGAAUGGCUCUUUACAAGAUCGUGCCCAAGAAUCCCUACUAUUUCUGGUCUGUGAUGAGCCUGCUAAUGCAGGCCAUCUCGGCCCAGGAUGAGAAGCUAGCCCAGACCAUGUUUCUGCCUCUGGCAGAGCGAAUGGUGGAGAAGAUGGUGAAGGAGGAGAAGAUCGAAGCCGAGGCAGAGGUCCAGCUGUACUUCAUGAUUCUGGAGCGCCUUGGGAAAUGUGUGGAGGCGUUGGAGGUGCUGCGAGGACCACUAGGAGAUAAGCUGACCAGUGAACUGCAGUGUAGGGAGAAUAAGUGUAUGCUGCUAUACCGACGUCUGGAGCGAUGGCCCGAGUGCAACGCCCUGUCCCACAAACUGCUGCAGAAGAAUCCUGAUGAUUGGCAGUUCUAUCUGUUGUACUUCGACUCCCUCUUCCACCUAAUAGACCAGAGCUGGACCCCCCCAUCUGAAGGAGAGCACUGUGCUGAGGGUGAAGUGCACAACGCUGUGGCUCAGGCUGUGAGUUUUGUGGAGGAGUGUGUGUGUGGGGAGGACGGCAAAGAGCAGCGUCCACUGAGGGGUCCUUACCUGUCCCGUCUGGAGCUCAUCCGACGCCUCCGAGAGAGAGGACUACCAGAGGCCUCACAGCUAGGGGACCCUCUGGAGCUCAUGGUGCAGUACUUUGGGAAGUUUGGAGAUAAACCAUGCUGCAUCACUGACCUGAAAAUCUUCCUGGACCUGCUGCAACCAGACCAACAUGUGCAGUUUACUAAUCGUCUGAUGGAGGCGGUGCCUCUGGGCUCAGGUGAGGGGGGCGGGGCUGCUGCAGGGUUCCCAGGUGACACGCGCGCUCUACAGCGCCACCUAUGUGUGACGCAGCUGAGCCGCACUCUUGGCCUGCACCACGCGCUCGACACAAACGGCAAGCUGCAGCUCAUCACGCAACUCAAAGCCCACUACCAGCACGGCCUUCAGUUUGGGAAGUCAUGUUUGAAGACGGAGCUGCAGUUCUCAGAUAUGUACUGCCUCAUGGCUGCACACGUCUACAUAGACCUGUGGAUGGAGACAGGGGACGAGACGAUGCUGUGGCAGAGUGUGUGUGUCCUGGAGGAGGGCUUGACCAACAGUCCUUCCAAUGCCCAGUUCAAGCUGCUUCUCCUGCUGCUCUUCUGCCGCAUUGGAGCCUUUGAACCCGUGGUGGACCUCUACACCAGCCUGGACGCCAAGCACGUCCAGCAUGACACGAUAGGGUACAUCCUCACGCGCUAUGCAGAGGCUCUGGGCCAGUUUGCUGCCGCCUCCCAGUCCUGCAACUUCUCCCUCAGGUUUUUCCACUCCAACCAGAAAGAUACCUCAGAGUACAUCAUCCAGGCGUACAAGUACGGAGCGUUUGAGAAGAUUCCAGAGUUUAUUGCGUUCCGGACGCGGCUGAAUCACUCGCUGCACUUCGCUCAGGUGCGCACGGAGCGCAUGCUGCUGGACCUCUUCCUGGAGGCAGACAUCUCCUCGUCUUUAGAGGACAGUGUGAAGGCCAUGGCUCUGACUCCGGAGGACGAUGACAUCCCCUGGGACUGCAUGAGGGACAACAGGGACCUGACGGUGCUCACAAGCUGGGAUCCACCUGACCGGCAGCUGACGGAGGCACAUAGGAAGCAGUCUGUCGAGGAGGAAAUGGUGUGGCUAAAGGUGCGCUCUCUAACGCUGCGUUUGAUUGGCUGCCUGGCACUGUUGAGCCCAACCCAUCCCCCACAGAACUCUGAGAAGACCAGUGAGAAUGGAGUAGCCUCCAAACCCGCCACCUUGCACAAGCUUCUCCCUCAGCUGGAGACCGCCCUUCAAGAAGCAGCGGACUUCUCUCAAAUGCACACGAAGGUGUACCCGGUGUUUGGUCCCCCCUCUACGCGGUUGAGUGUGGCUCUGCAGACUGGCAGCUGCUCCUGUCAGCUCUCAGCCCUGAGACUUGUGCCCAGAGUCCUGCACAUGGACAGUGCUGGCUUAGACGAGUCAGCAGAGUCCCAGUCUGAGAUGGCCAGCAGCUUCAAAGCCCUACUGCAGCAGUUGCAGGAUAUCUUGUCCAAAUGUAAAGGGGACCUGGUCGUGAUGAGUGGCGGUCAGUGCAGUACUCACCCCAGCCUCAUGGAGGCGCUGGUGCUCUUUGUAGAGACGGUGUGUGUGGUGUUGUGGGUGGUGACGGUGUGUGUGGGAGUUUUGCGACCCUUGAAGGUUAGUGCCCAAAAGAAGAAGAAAAAGAAAAAGGACAGCAGCACUUCUACGCCGGUUGUGGUAUGUAGUUUUCUGGAGCUGGUUGAAGGCAUACAGACGGUGAUGUCACAAGCGCUAGACCACCUUAAGGAGCAGGAGACUCUAAUCACCGCCCUCAAGCUCCAAGGCCUGUCGUUGGACAAUGCACAGGAGGAUGCCGCCAGUAUGAAUGCUGUGUUUGGCAAGGUCCAGAGCAGCUACCUGCGUUCGCUGUCGGAGCUCAGUGAGCUGCUGAAGAAGAGGAUGGACACUCUGAAGGCUCUGAAGAUCUGAGCGCGCUCUACACAAUGCCCUGCAGCCCCCCCCCCACCCCCUCCAAAACACACAGCACUGUGUCUAGCCCAAACCCUAACCCCCCCAACCCCCCUCUCCCAGACCUUCAAUACGGACCUGCGUACAUCUAACUGUAACCAUUAGGCCAGCAUAUGCCCCUGUCCCUCACGUUUACGCCGGCUAUACGGUCACUCAUACAUGCUCGCUUACACACACACACACACACACACACACACACACACACACACACACACACACACACACACACACACACGUAGUCGCAGACAUGGUGGGAGUACCUCUGGCUCCCUCAUUUGGUGUGACGCAGACAGACUGAAGGAACAGUCAUUAUAUGAAAUCUAAUAGAUUAUUGAGUAUGCUUAGAGCUAUGCUGUAAAACUGUCCACAGAAGAAAAAUGAAAUACGUUUUUAAUGAUAAGUUGAUGAAUGUCCACCUGUGUUGACCUGAACACUGACAGCCCAACCACCCCCCCCCCCCCCCCCCCACUCAAGGCAGGCAGCCACCACCCCACCCUCCUCCACGUCGUCUGCAUAGCCCUUACGCUAGACACCCAGAGCCAUACGUCUGGAGGUCGGCUGAAGGUUGUCUGGCCACCUGCACUGGUCUUUGGCUCGACUCUUCUGUGCAACUCUGCUGCAGCUCAGUGGCGCCCCCUACAGGCAAAGACAAGAGCCGCAAGGAACAUGGAGACAGAGUUUUGUGACAGAGAUUUGGCUGUUGGUGCUUGUGACCACUUACACGAGCAGCACAAGACACACACACACACACACACACACACACACACACACACACGCGCAAAUUAACACAUAGUCAUACACACAUUCAUGUUUGUGUAAGCAUUAGGACAGAAUGUAGUGGAUGUGGUAUGAGUAAGGCGUGUGGGGGCCACAGCUUGUGAGCUAUAGUUCCAGUGUGGCCAGAGAUUGCCAUUUUCCUUUCUAACCUCACCAUCGCCUGAGGACUCUGAACUUCACCAAUGCUUCCUUACAUUCAGCAGAAUGAGACUUGAGCCCCUUCAGAACGCCAAUAGCAGUCUGUCCAGCAGCCUCCCCUCACACUCCUCAGUGGCCCCGUCCAGUUCUGGGACUGGAAUACCUGAGACAGCAGAGGUUGGCACACUGCAGAUGCAUUAUGGGUAAAGGUGUGUGUGUGUGUGUGUGUGUGAGUGUGUGAGAGAGAUUUGAGGGGGGUGGGGGCUGGAGCUGUCUGUCCGCGGGCUGAAACCAAGCUCGCUGAAGGAGACAUCAUGCUCAACCUCACCCCCCACCCCACCCCAUCAAGACAAAAAAACACCUCAAUGCAUUUCUCCACCCAGAAUCACCACUCUUUCUCUCCAUGUCAAUGUAUACCAAAAAAGGCUUCUGAUGCUUGCCAACAUGAUAGGAACUCUCUGUAACAAGGCUUGCAGUCCACCAGCAGGGGGCGUCUGUGCGCAGGCUCCCAGAGACCCACCAGGUGUGUGUUAGCCACAUAGCGUGUUAGCGCCAUCUGGCACGUGGGUUGCAGCUGCCUAGAGACUCUUCAGUGGGAGCUACUUAGCUCUGUAGCGCUAGCGUCCUCUUGUCUUUCAGCAGAAGGGAUGAAGGGGAGAGUCUCUGGACUCGUGUGGACAGUCGAGUCGUGUUAAUCCUCCAGUCAGAACUUGUUUGGGCUUUCGGGGGGGUCCGGUUGCAAGCUGAAACCAGGACACAUGUGACGGUGGACUGAAGCAGCAACGGCAACAGCAGCUUUCAGAUGACUGAAAGAGAUGCUUAAAUGGUCGACAAUCUGUUCAUCUCAUUGCUUACUCGUUUCCGUUGUGAUAGACAAAAAAUGGACGAAGAAAACAAAAAAACACUGGAAUGCCACGAGGAGUUUUUUUUUUUUGUUUUGUUUUUGUUUUU